ACGAUAUUUCGUGCCACGUUCGACGGAAAUUGUACGGACGGCAACACGCCUGCAGAAGAAGGAGGAACGCCUAGAAAGAAUGCAAUCAGCUCACCCAGUCACCACCGCUCAAUGAGCGUAGAUGGCGCUUUCUUCUUACCAUGCUUCGUCCUGCUGCGGCUGCGCUACUCAGUUCCGGUCUCUUCGCCCUCCUCCUCCGGCGCCGCCCAUCCUCGUGUCGCCCUUUUCGCUUCCACCGACUCCCGCCGCCCCCGACGCCCUCGCGAUCUCGCUCCACGCGCGCAAGCUCUUUGCCGGCGCUCGCGCCGCCUCGUUCCCGUCGAGAAGAGGCGUCUCCUUCUUCUCGGGGCUCGCGACGAGAGGCGGGGAGGACGUCCGGAGGUUGAAGGAGGAGCUGCUCGGCGCCAUCGCUCCCCUCGACCGCGGCGCCGAAGCCACUCCCGAUGACCAGCUGCGCGUUGAUCAGAUUGCGCGUAAGCUUGAGGCAAUUAACACAGUGAAGGAGCCUCUCCAAUCUGAUAUGCUUAAUGGCAAAUGGGAGCUUAUCUAUACAACAUCCAAAUCAGUCCUGCAGACCCAGCAUUUCAAAUGCCCAUGGCAGAGACCGAAGUUCUUAAGGCCAAAUGGCAAAAUCUACCAGGCGAUCAAUGUCGAUACUUUAAGGGCUCAAAACAUGGAAACUUGGCCAUUCUUUAAUCAGGUGACAGCUAAUUUGGUGCCUCUAAAUGCAAGAAGAGUGGCUGUUAAAUUUGACUUUUUCAGAAUUGCUGGUUUGAUUUCUAUAAGAAAUCCAGGAAGUGGUCGUGGUCAGUUGGAGAUAACUUACUUAGAUGAAGAGUUAAGGAUAUCAAGGGGUGAUAAGGGGAAUUUGUUCAUCUUGAAAAUGGUGGAUCCGUCCUACAGAGUCCCCCUCUGAAUUUGAUGUAGUUGUACACAAGAAUAUAUGUUGCAUCAGAGAUUCGUAUACCGCAGCAGAACCACGAUCCUAAGAGGAAUUGCCCCCUCCAUUUUCAUGAAUUUGGGGCGUGACGCCGGUUGAGCUUUCGACUGAGUCCUCCGUGCAAAACUUGGUGAGGAGGCAUUGCAAUAUAUUGAUAUUAGGCACCGCCGGGUGUACGGAGGCUCCUCAUUUUCCGAGCAAGAUAAGGGGAUUCUAAGGGAUAUGCUUCUUAAUUCGAAUUAAAAGAGUUGUUAUAACUCAGUCUCUGGGAUUGCACUAUUUAUGUGUAAAAUCGGACUCCCCUCUUGCUUGCCAUGUGUCGUUAUUCCAUGCCGCAAGAGAUAAAAUAUUGAUCGGCCUAA